UGUAAAAGGGGUGGGGAGAUCAUAAAGCCGCCAAGCCAGGAGCUGAGUGAGGUGCCUUGAGCCCUGCGACAGCCCGGACUGCAGCUCAGGAUGGCAUCAGGCCGGACUCGCUGCACCCGAAAGCUCCGGAGCUGGGUAGUGGAGCAAGUGGAGAGUGGGCGGUUCCCAGGGGUAUGUUGGGAUGAUGAGCCAGCUAAGACCAUGUUCCGGAUUCCCUGGAAGCAUGCAGGCAAGCAAGAUUUCCGCGAGGACCAGGAUGCCUCCUUCUUCAAGGCAUGGGCAAUAUUUAAGGGAAAGUACAAAGAGGGGGACAUAGGAGGCCCUGCUGUCUGGAAGACUCGUCUGCGUUGCGCCCUCAAUAAGAGUACAGAAUUUGAGGAGGUUCCUGAGAGAGGCCGUAUGGAUAUUGCUGAGCCCUACAAGGUAUAUCGGCUGCUACCUCCAGGAACCCUGCCUGCCCAGCCAGGGACCCAAAAAUCAUCAAAGCGACACCACAGUUCUGUAUCCCCUGAGAGGGAAGAGGAGGAAGAGACUUUGAAGAGCUGUACCCUCAGUCCUUCCUGCCUCCAGGACCCCUUCAGUAAUGAGGCUGCAAGAACCCCUGGGGAAGCAGGCCACCUGGACAGUGGGAGCAGCGGCAGCAGCUGGAGCAGCAGUGGUAGUCCUGAGUCGCAGGAAGGUACAAAGAGCGCUGAGACCACUGCUCAUGAGGACCCGAUAGAGCAUUCACUCCCUCUAGACUUAAACUUAGACUACUCGCUGUUGCUCACCUUCAUCUACAGUGGGCGUGUGGUGAAAGAGUACCGGGUGCACAGCCUGGACUGCCGCCUUGUGGCCAGGGCCUCAGAGUCCGAGAGCAGCAUCAGGCAGGUGAUGUUUCCUCAGCCUGACCCCGGGGAUCCCAGCCAGCGCCUGCUCAGCCAGCUCGAGAAAGGCAUCCUGGUGGCCAGCAACUCCCGAGGCCUCUUUGUGCAGCGCCUCUGCCCCAUCCCCAUCUCAUGGAACGCACCUCAUGUCCCUCCUGGACCAGGCCCACAUCUGCUGCCCAGCAACAAGUGUGUGGAGCUGUUCAAAACCGCCUGCUUUUAUAGAGACUUUAACAAGUACUCCCAGGGCCUGGGCCCCCCACCCGAGUUCCAGGUAACACUGCAUUUCUGGGAAGAGAGCCCUGGCCCGAACCAAACUUCACAGAACCCUGUCAUAGUGCAAAUGGAGCAAGCCUUUGCCCGGCAUUUACUGGAAAGACAUCAGAGUUAACACAGCCCUUCAGCUCCUGAUGAGGAGCUGGGGGAUCCACCAGCUACUUCAUGUUCCUCCUGUCUCCUUUGGAAAAGACUCAUUCUCCAUACCAUUUAUCUGCCUCCCUUUGUGUUAACUCCGGUGUGACCUGCCUCUGAGCUAUGUCCUUGAACUCCUAUGAGUCCAGACUGGUGGAGAACACUUUAUCCUUUGGAAAAAAUUUUUUUGAGAUAUACUCUCUUUUAGCUCUAAGGAACUGGGAAAUUUCCAAACAGUAUGAACUUGGGCUCUUUCCUUCUUCCCCAAGCCUCAACUCUAAAGCUAAGCACUUUAUGUUUUCUUCCAGGGUCUUCACGAGAAUCUAAAAUAAAAUAUUCAAACAGGA